UCGGCACGGGCAUGCACGCAGGCAGAGAGCAUUAAAGAAAUGUCUAUUUUCCCAAGAAUUUCUCUGAAGCCUGAAGUCUCUGAUUUUCUCAAGAGUGUCUUCUUGAACAAGGAGGUGUUAGCUGCAGUGGGCCAUCAGGAGGCGGAGUGUCGUUUCCAGAAGCUGCUCACAUGCCUGUCUCACCCUCCUCUGUAUACUUGUGUUCGGGCCAGCACUCAUCUCGCUCCCCUGGAGGAGAUCAGACACAAGCUAGCAGAAGAGCUGCGGAAGCAGCAGAUGUGCGACUCGUCAGCAGAGGAGGUCUCCGUUCAGAUUCUGCUUCACCCGCGAGUUCCAGAUGUGCUGCUGCUUCCUGUCGAUGGCCCGAGGCCUGUGAAGCAGCUCAGCUCAGAGCUGGUGGUUGGUGCUCAGUGUGGCAGCGCUGUGCUGAGAGGUGCUCAUGUCUUCAUCCCGGGGAUCGUCGCCAGCCCCAAGUACAUGAAGGCUGGAGACGUGGUGUCUGUCUUCUCUGACCUGGAGGGGAAGUGCACCCGAGGAGCCACGAGCUUCCAGGGAAAGAGAGCUUUUUUGGGAAAUGGAAUCGCUCAAAUCGAUCGCUCCAGCAUCUUCUGCACAGAUGAACCUGCCAAAGGAAUAGGUGUUCGCAUGGUGGAUCCACUUUACCAGAGUCCUUCCUUUGAUGGUGUUCUACCCAGCCUGACGUUCCUACAGAACCUUCCCUCUGUAGUUGUGGGACACGUGCUCGGUCCUCGUCCUGGAGAACGUAUCCUGGAUAUGUGUGCAGCGCCCGGAGGGAAGACCUGCCACAUCGCUGCACUCAUGGGGGAUCAGGGUGAGGUUCUGGCCUUGGACAGGAUCCGAAACAAGGUUGAUCGAAUUCGUCAAAACGCCCAAAUCUUGCAUUUGCGUUCAAUCAAAGCUUAUUGCUUUAACAGCACUCAAGCUGUGAGCAGUGACCCGGCACAGGAAACUGAAGGACCUCCCUUCCCUCCUGAGAGUUUCGACCGGGUUCUGCUGGACGCUCCCUGUAGUGGACUCGGUCAGAGACCCAACAUGGGCAGCACCUGGAGCCUCAAGGAGAUCUGUUCCUACAAGCCACUGCAGCGCAAGUUAUUGCAUUCUGCAGUACGGUUGUUGAAGAAAGGCGGGGUUUUGGUGUACAGUACCUGCACAGUGACUCUAGCCGAGAAUGAGGAGCAGGUAGCCUGGGCCCUCGAUACCUUUCCCUGCCUCACGCUUCAGCCUCAGGAGCCUCACAUCGGGGCAGAAGGCAUGCUGGGAGCUGGCCUGUCACCUGAGCAGCUGCGCCUCCUCCAGAGGUUCAGUCCUGAGCUGAGCUGGGACCAGACAGAAACGGCAGCUCCCCUCCCCUGCAGAGCCGACGGGGACACUAUCGGCUUUUUUAUUGCCAAGUUCCUGAAAAACUGACCGGAGGGCAUGUUUUCUCUUAUGGCACCAUCAGCCCUCACACGAGACUGCAGACGGGAACAAUAGUGUUUAUAUUACGACACUCUGUGUGCUUUGACGGGGCAGUGUUGACAAAGACGCUCACUGUGCUGUUUACAGCAUCUGCCUCUUAACAGCUGCUCUCUAAAACUGCGGGCCAUAUAGGGAUAAGCUUUAUAAACACCGAGGGCAAGGAAAAAAGAGGGAGGGAGGGAGAAGUGGGGGCACAUGGGGAUGGAGACUGGAUGAGUAUUGGCAAAUGCAGCAGUGCUAGCGUCGCCAUAACAACAGUGACGACACAGCUGCCAUGGAGACAGCGGAUUGGCUGGAUCUCAGAUCAGGAAGUAGCAUGCAGAAAGAGGUCAUGAGAGGUAUUAACAAUUUAGUGUCUUUUAGUAGUGGUGGAGACAACUGGGACCUGCAAUUAGUACUUCUGCUGCUUGUAAGAGAGAAAUGAUGCUGUGUGUAGUUCUGCCUGAAAAGGAAAUUACAUUCAUCAUUAUAAAAGUCCCUGAUUAAAAUACAAUCUUUCUCUCUUCAUGUCCGUUAUAUGUUAAGCAACUGCACACCUCCGUAUUUGAACCACCAUAUAAUCAAACUGCAACACUCAGCAGUAAUUUAUUCUGUGCAAAUUGAAUAAUGGGCGUCCAUAAAUCUGCACAGAAUGUAAUUUAUAGAUUUGUGCCUCCAGUGCACAAACAUCUGGCCUGUUCUCCUGUCAAGCAGGACCUUCAUAAUGACCUCAGCUCAAUCCCUCUUCCUGGGAGUACCAUUACACUCUUAUCAUCCAUCCAGACAUCUGUCUGGACGCGCCAGCCGACUGCACAUCUCUGUAUGUUGAGGUAGAUUAAAAUGGCUGCUCUAUUCACUGCCACAC